GCCGCCGCCGCGGUCGCCCCACGCAUCGGCCUCGCCGCCGCCGGGGCUGGGUCCCGCGGCCACCGCCGGCAGCCGACGCGGAAGCUGGGCUUCCCGGCGGGGCAGAGGGCGCGUUCCGUGGCCGUCGCGGCCGCGGCAUCCCCUCCGUCGGCCGGCGGGGUGACGCCGGUGCCACCCCGCUCCAGCCGCUCGUCUAUAAAGCGUCACACGCUAUCAGUUUUUGUUGGUGAUGAAAGUGGGAUGAUCAAUCGAAUUGCUGGAGUUUUUGCUAGAAGAGGAUAUAACAUCGAGUCAUUGGCUGUUGGGCUGAACAAGGAUAAAGCAUUAUUUACAAUAGUAGUGUCAGGAACAGACAAAAUAUUGAACCAAGUUGUAGAGCAACUAAACAAACUUGUUAAUGUUAUAAAGGUUGUUGACUUAACAAAUGAACCACAAGUUGAAAGAGAACUGAUGCUUAUAAAAGUAAAUGUGGAGCGAGAUAAGCUGCCUGAGAUAAUGGGUUUGGUUCGCAUUUUCAAAGCAGAAGUGGUCGAUCUUGCUGACGAUACACUAACUAUUGAGGUAAUGUCCUUGGUGUGUCUUGACUUGAAGAUAACUCAUACUCUGAGCAAACAUGGGAUCAAAGAAAUUGCUAGACUGGCAAAGAUAGCUGUGCGCCGUCAAAAAAUGGGAGAAACUGCUCCAUUUUUGGGGUUCUCUGCAGCUCCUUAUCCUGAUCUCGAAGUGACAAUACCUUCAACUUCUCGACUUAGCACUGGAGUGGAUGCAAUCAAUCAGAAUUCCAACGAAUCUUCAGGGGGUGAUGUUUAUCCAGUGGAGUCUUAUGAAAGCUUCUCAGCAAAUCAAAUUCUUGAUGCUCAUUGGGGUGUUAUCACUGAUAAUGAUCCAACAGGGUUUUGUUCACAUACUCUAUCGAUUCUUGUGAAUGAUUUCCCUGGAGUUCUCAAUGUUGUAACAGGUGUUUUCUCCCGAAGGGGCUACAAUAUUCAGAGUCUUGCUGUUGGCCCAGCUGAAAAGGAAGGAACUUCUCGCAUCACUACUGUUGUUCCUGGAACUGAUGAAUCCAUUGCCAAGCUAGUACAUCAACUGUACAAGCUCAUUGAUGUUUAUGAGGUCCAUGAUUUUACUCAUUUACCAUUUGCUGCUAGAGAGUUGAUGAUCAUAAAGGUUGCUGCAAAUGCUGCAGCUCGAAGAGAUGUCCUUGAUAUUGCUCAAAUAUUUGAGGCCCAAAGAGUUGACAUAUCAGACCACACAAUUACACUGCAGCUUACAGCAGAUAUUGACAAAAUGGUUAGAUUGCAAAAGAUGCUAGAGCAAUAUGGCAUCUGUGAGGUUGCACGAACUGGCCGGGUUGCUCUGCUCCGUGAGUCUGGAGUCGACUCCAAUUACCUCCGCGGGUUUUCCCUCCCUGUGUAGUUCACCAUUUUGUCAACAUACCACUCUCCACGAUUUCAGGUCGACGCAUCCAUUGUCUUCUAAGAAUGGUGCAGGCGUGCAGCGCUUCUCUUUAUCUUUGGGAGUGACUGUAGUAGAGAAGAAUUAUUCAAAGACCAUAGGAAGAAUAUCCUGUACGAUCGUGUUAGUUGGUUAAACAAAUGAUAGGUUGUCUGGACUGCUAUGUGCUUAUGCUGUAAGUUUCUUGCUUAUGGAGGUGUCACUUAUUUUGUAGGGGAAAAAAUGGAAAUGCCAUGCACCACCCAA